CUUGGUAAUAGUGAUGAGAGAGAUGGGAGAGGCUGCGCGUUCACGGUUCCUUUUCGUUGGGAACGCGCAGUGGAUCCCACACUCGCUGGAGUCAUGUGAAAGGAUCCGCAACCUAAGAGUUUUUUUCGACCAUUAAACUUGUUUCAGAGGAUCGGAAACUUCAGGAAGUGAUUAAUAACACACAGGAAUUGAAGUUAACAUUUGACAGGUGCAGAAAAUGGCGAGACAGCUCCUGCAGCUCCUUGCCCUGUGGACUACUGUGGUCGGCAUUGUGCAGUGCUGUCCAGAGCUCUGCAGCUGCCUGGAUAAAUUUGCCCGCCAGUUUGCUGAUUGUGCUUACAAAGACCUGCUGGUAGUACCUGUGGGUCUCCCCUCCAAUGUUACCACCGUGAGCCUUUCAGCCAAUAAGAUCACAUUUCUGAAAAGUGAAAGCUUCAUCAAUAUCACACAGGUCUCCUCUCUCUGGCUGGCCCACAAUGAAAUAGUAACUAUAGAAGCAGACACCUUGGCUGGUCUGAUCCAGCUCCGCAACCUGGACAUCAGCUACAACAAAAUUGAGAACUUUCCAUGGGAGGAUCUGCACAACCUCACAGCCCUGCAGCUCCUGAAAAUGAACAACAAUGAGAUGGUGAGCCUUCCAAAGGACGCCUUUUCCACCCUGAAAGACCUGAGGUCGCUGCGCAUCAACAACAACAAGUUCACCACCAUUGUGCAGGGUACCUUCAGUGCUCUCUCCUCCAUGUCCCACCUUCAGAUUUUUAAAAACCCCUUCAAAUGCUCCUGCAGCCUGGAGUGGUUGAGGGAUUGGAUCACGACAGCCAAGAUUUCUGUCCCCGAUCCACAUUACAUUUUAUGUGAUGCCCCUGAACACCUGAAGGGCACAAUGGUUACAGCGAUUCCCAAACUGGACUGUGAGGCCCCUACUGUCACAACUACCUAUCAGCCCAACAUUGAGAACACAGAGCUCUAUGAGGGUUUGACGGCCAUCUUAAAUCGUGAGACAAAAGGGAGCCCCACACCACAGGUGAAAAAAGACAUUGAAGAGCUAAAAACCGCCAUGAACAUGAUGGGUGAGGAAUUGGCGACCAUAGCUAUACAACAGCUUACUAUAAUUAAUCUUAUGAAUGAAAUCUCUGAUCUAAAAAAGUCGAACGAGAAACAGCAGCUCAAGAUUAACUCUUUGGAAGCUCGUGUUUCUGACUUGGAGAGGGUCACUCGGUUUAUAUUGACUUGAUAACUGGAUUGAAGAUUAAGCCUCGGUCUUAUGCUCAUGCUCGGAAGGGGGAUGUGCGAGUUGAGAGCGUAGACCAUGAUGAUUCAACUGAGGCUCAGGUAACAGCCUUUCUUCAUGACAAAAACAUAUCCAUAAACAGACACAAUAUUGAGGCAUGUCACAUUAUUCCAUCAAGAAAACCAGAGUGACAAUCACAUUGUCAUUGUACGCCUUUCCUAACAGAAAGCAUAAAAUUGACCUGCUCAGACAGGGCCGCAAAUUGAAGGGCACAAAUGUUUACAUCACUGAGCAUCUAACCAAAAUGAAUGCAGAUAUUUCAAGAAAGGCAAGGUUAUUGAAGAAACCAAGCUACCUGGUCCUCUAACUGCAAGGUGUUUGUUAAAUUGAAUGGCCCACCAGAGCUGGCUAGAAUUAUGCGUAUCAGAAGCAGUGAGCAGCUCGACAAGUUUGGAAGUAGCUAAAUUCCUGUGAGUUGGUUCAUGUAACUUUUAUAUUAUUUUAUUUUUCCAUUGUUAAAGCUUUAGUUUUUUGUUAUGUCUAAUAAUAUGACUAGUUUUCAUUUUUCCAGUUGUUGUGACAAUGACCAGAGUGCGCCUGAUUUUGAACAGAACAUUGAUCCAGAAAAUAACUUUUAUGUUAACAUAAAUAAUAAUAACUGCAGCUAUUACACAGAGCAAAAGUUCAAUAAUAAUAUUAAAAUUUAUUACGGCUUAUCUAUCAUUCAUUUUAACAGCAGAAGUCUGUAUUCAAACUUCCAGAAUAAAGGAAUAUUUAGGACAGUUCAAGCAACCCUUUAAUAUUAUAGCUAUUUCAGAAAAAUGGAUUAAUGCCGUUAGGGGCGUGGAUUUUGAGUUACAGGGAUAUGAAUUUAAGUAUGUGAACAGAGUAAACGGUUGUGAAGGAGUGGUGGCGCUUUUUAUUUAUAAAGGGCUAAUUUACAAGGUUGUUGAAAACAUGACAGUAGUCAUGGAUGAAAUAAUGGAGUGUAUCUCAAUUGAAUUAUGUAUGAAAAAAAUAUAGAUAGUCAUAGUAAGUUGUGUAUAUAGGAAACCAGGAUCCAAUGUUGAAAUAUUCACAGAAAUAAUGGAAAAAAAUGUUUAAUAAAGUAAAGCAUAAAGUCAACUAUAUAUGUGGGGAUUUCAACAUUGACCUACUAAAUCCCAACAAACACAAAUCAAUGGAAGAGUUUAUUGAAUCACUGUGUAGUUUGAGUCUUUUUCCAACAAUCACAAAACCCACCAGAAUAACAUGCAAUGGUGCCACUCUGAUAGAUAUGUUUAAUGAAACAAAUAGGGGAUAUCGUCUAAGAGGUCAUUGUAUGUUUAAGCAACCUCUUGUACAAACUACCGUUAAUAGCAUGUGUGUUUCAGUUUGUGGGGUGACCUUAUGGAAUGGACUGAACAAUGAUAUCAAACAGAGCCAUAAUAUCAUGCAGUUCAAAAAUAGAUUAAAGACAUCAUUACUAGAUCAAUACAGAAAAGAAUAAACUAAAACAUAGGAUUGGAAUUUGUAAUUUAAAGGUAUUGUUUUAUAUAAUUGUAUUGUUGUAAAUUACUGUAAGACCGAAAGAUUGUAUGCUGUAUUUGCAUAUCUAUUUUACUUUGUAUAAAAACUAACAGUUUUACAGUAAACUAACAGUGGACAAGAUCCGUCCAUCCGCAUCUAUUCAGUUGGAAUGAUUGAAGAAAUAUUUGAGAACUCAACUUUCAAGGGCUACAACGAAGUCAUUCCCAAACCAAGGCCAGGAACGGUAACAUUUGUUUUGUUGCCAUGUUGCUGUGUUGAGACUGUAUAGUUCCUUGAAGGGUUUUGUUUUUAUGUCCAACCAAUGUAUUGGCAUCACUCUAGAAUUUCCUCUACUUGUCCUGUUGCUGUGUCUUGUAAACACAUAGCAACACGUCCUGUGCCUUUCAUCUAUGCAGCUUAUAGCUUUUAGGAAAUGUUUAUCUGGUUUGUUUUUACUUACAACUUUAAACGCCUUCAGUUUUGUGUACCUGAAGAUGUUAGAAUUGUGUAUCCUGAGUGUAGACAAACAUUCAGUUUAUGUUUCCAUUUCCUCCAGUAUACAAACUACUUUUAGAUAAUAAA